AUUGGCUCUUCUACUACGGUUGCACAUCGUUUGUGGAGCGCAAUUGACUAUAGACACCACUUUACAGCAUUGUUUCUGAGAGAUACCGACGUCUCAAUCCGAAUCCACAACGUCGCUCUUUGAUUCAUCCUUCUUCAAGAAUUGCACUUCAUAGAUUGAUUGUAUUUUGUUCGUGAUUUUUUCCAAUUUACUAUAUUUACUGAUUCAGUCCGAAUUUACAUUCCUGAUUCAUUCAUAGUCAUUGUUCUGAUUUUACUAAUUUGCAGAUUCAAAUAAUUCUUUCCUUUGCUGGAAUCUUACACUGUUCCUGAGAUUUUUCGACCGAAAUCCUCUAGAUAUACUUACUCUUUUCAGUCUUUUUUGCUCGGGUUUCCACGUUGCUUUCCUCGUACCCAAACCCCAUCGUUGCCCUUAUCCGCUUCUUUCGAAUCCCGUUCCGGGCCCUUAUUCUGCUCAUUUUCCAUCUUUUCAACAAACUCCGAGAUUUCAGAGCAUUGAAAAAAACAGGAGUCGUGAAAUCUGAAAACCCCGAAAAAUCUGAAAAAAUAGAAAAAUUCAGCAUCAAUUCCAAUACAAAUUCUACUCCUACUUCAGGCAUGUCACAAAGAACGUUACUUCUUCGUUUAUCCAACUCCGGGGAACCGGAAAAUAGCGAAGGCAUAUCCAAUGGAAUCUACAUAUUGCCUGCUCUUCCGCAUCUUAAGGGGUAUAAGAAGGGAGACCCCCUUUUCCACUUGGUAUUUCAACUCAAUGCUGCUUCAUCAGUUACUAGAGAUGGUACAUUGUUGACAAACUUACCCAAAGAUUCGAGCUCACCAUUCAAAAGACACGAAUACAGCGAAUAUCUCAUUGGAUCUUCUUUUGACAAGGACGCUUCGAUCUCAGUGCCAAUCUUCAGACCUGGUUCGUACAAUUAUUUCAUUAGGUAUACUGAUGCCAACGACACUUCAGCUACGACAGAAAAGUUCUAUUUCAAUGUUCCGCCAGCUCUUUACAUCAACGGCGAGUAUGUUGCCUUUAAUGCUCUUAACGUUGAAACAGUAGUCUCGAAGUGGGUCGGAAGCUUGUCGAACUGGGAAACUUUCUUCACCAGAGUUGCUGACAAGGGAUACAACAUGAUCCACUUCACUCCGCUUCAAGAACGAGGAUCAUCAGAUUCGCCUUACUCCAUCUAUGAUCAGUUGCAGUACGAUCCCAAGAUCUUUAAGGACAAUUCCGAGGCUAUUUCCGUCAUUAAGAAGCUUUUGGCUAACCACGGCUUGUUGUCGUUGACGGAUGUGGUGUGGAAUCACACUGCUGACAACUCCGAGUGGCUUCGCGAGUACCCUGACUCGGGAUACAAUGCCGAAACAGCUCCCCACUUGACGGCUGCCAUCGAAUUAGAUGCGCUGUUAUUAGAAUUUUCAAGAAAUUUGAAGAGCCUCAGUUUGCCGACCGAAAUCAACAACGAACAUGACUUACAUUUAGUCGUUGACGGAAUCUCUCAGCAUGUCAUCGGCAAGCUUCAGCUCUGGCAGUACUACGUCUUCAACAAGGAAGAUACACUUGCCGAGAUCAAGAAGAACUUCUACGAUAGUACAUACAAAAUCACUCCUGUAGAUAUCCCUACCUCUGUGAACAAAGAUAGCAUCGAAGAACUCGCAACAUAUACCCUUGAGGUUGCCUCUGUGCACGGCCAGCCCAUCUUGGAGAAGCGAUUCUCUAACAAAUUGGACGCCAGAAAGUUCCUCGGCAUCUUGUACACUGUGUUGGAGGCUAGAGACCUUGACUUCGAGGUUGUUGCCCAGAAGUCGAGUGCCAUCAUCGACCAGAUCAACGCUCCCUUAUACUCUUCAUAUGAUGAUGACGUCAAGUCGAUUCUUAGCCAAGUUUCUGACAGAAUUAAGUUCUUAAGACUUGCCGGAAACGGUCCUAAAUUGGGCCUUGUCACCGACAAGAACCCCUUGACAGAGGCAUACUUCACAAGAUUCACUGGUAAAGAUGGUAAAUCGUGGGCCUUGGCGAACAACGGCUGGAUCUGGGGUGGGAACCCGCUAGUAGACUUUGCGUCUCUGAAAUCAAAGGCUUAUUUGCGUAGAGAAGUUAUUGUAUGGAGUGACUGUGUCAAGUUGAGAUACGGCUCUGGUCCUCUGGAUUCUCCCCAUUUAUGGGAAAGAAUGAUCCAGUACACCCAAGACUGUGCCCGUACCUUUAGUGGAUUCAGAAUCGACAACUGCCACUCCACACCUUUACACGUAGGAGAAGCUUUGUUGGAUGCUGCCAGAGAAGUAAACUCCAACUUGUAUGUUGUAGCCGAGCUUUUCACAGGCUCUGAGGAGAUGGACAAGUUUUUCGUGGAAAGAUUAGGAAUCAACACCUUGAUCAGAGAAGCCAUGCAAGCCUGGAACGUACAAGAGUUGUCUAGAUUAGUUCACAAACACGGUGGUAGACCGAUUGGAUCUUUGACCUGGUUGCCCUUGGACGACUUUGCCUUGCCAGCUGAUAAGGAGCCUACUAAGGGAAAGUACAUUGACUCGUACACGGAAAUGGAAAUACCCAAAGUGUUGACCAAGCAAGCUCCACAUGCAAUGUUUAUGGACUGUACUCACGACAACGAGAUGCCAGCGCAGAAGAGAACACCAGAAGAUACGUUGCCCAACGCUGCGUUGGUGGCCUUCUGCUCAUCUGCCAUUGGUUCUGUUUAUGGGUAUGAUGAGAUCUUUCCUCGUUUGCUUGACGUAGUUAAUGAAACUAGACAAUAUUCAAUAGAGGACAACGGUAUUGGUCAGGUGAAGAAGAAGCUUCAUGCCAUCAGAAAGAACCUUGCUGCUGAAAGCGAAGAUAUUUUGCGAGACCAUGAGAUGUAUAUUCACCACGAAGGCCAGUAUAUUACCAUCCAGAGGCACAAUGCUAAGACUGGAAAGGGGUGGUUUUUGAUUGCCAGAUCGAAGUUCGAUGGCCACGAAGGGCCUCAGACUUUGUCUCCUGUAGUAUUAAGUGGUACAAUAGCCAAGUGUGAGUUCAGCUACACAUUGAAAGUCACUGGCGAAUACCAACACAGCGACACUGUUCUCACGGGUAUCCCAGCCAAAGUAGAAGAAAUCCGCAGUCCAGCCAUUGAGUUUAAUGGCAAGGAAACUAUCAUUAAAGUCGACGAUUCCUUCAUUACUGGUUCCAUUGCUGUCUUUUCCACGGAAAUUCCAGGAGUAGACUUGUCUUUGGAUAAGUUCGUUAAAGAAGGUGCCGUAGAAGCCUCUCUAGGCUUAGACUUGAGUGAUUUGAACGCUCUCCUUUACCGCUGCUCUUCUGAAGAAAGAGAUGCUUCAUUCGGCAAGGAAGACGUUUAUAGUAUUCCCGGAUAUGGUGCCUUGGUCUAUGCUGGUUUGGAAGGUUGGAACACGGCUCUUAAACAUGUUAUCUGGCAGAACAACUUGGGCCAUCCGAUCUGCGACCAUAUCAGACAAGGCGAAUGGGCUCUUGAUUACAUAGUCAACAGGUUGGAUAUCUACCUGAAGAACUCGCCUAACUUGAAGAAAUUCCAGGAGUGGUUGAGAUCUCGGAUUGAAGCCAUCAAGAAGGUACCUUAUUUCUUGAGACCUCACUAUUUCACUCUUGUAGUCGGUAUAGCCUACGAAGCUGCCAGAUUCAGAGCAUUGAGAGGCUUGGGUGUACAUGUUCAAACUGCUACUAACUUUGUUCAGAGCUUGGCUCUUACUUCUGUGCAAAUGAUUGGCAGAAUGAAUAACACUUCGCUCUUGCCUACGGAACAGGUUUCGUGUAUAGCUGCCGGCUUACCUCACUUCAGCAAUGAUUACAUGAGAUGUUGGGGCAGAGAUGUGUUUAUCAGUUUCCGUGGAUUGAUGUUGGUAACCGAGAGAUACGAUGACGCUAAGAAUCACAUCUUGGGAUUUGCCAAAACCUUGAAACACGGCUUGAUACCCAACUUGUUGGAUGCAGGUAGGAACCCUCGUUACAACGCCAGGGAUGCUGUCUGGUUCUUCUUACAAGCCAUUCAAGAGUACGUCAAGUAUGCUCCAGAUGGUAUCAAGAUUUUGGACGAAAGGGUUGCGAGAAGAUUCCCCUUGGACGAUACGUACAUCCCUCAUACCGAUAAGAGAGCUUUUAGUUACGAGAGCUCAAUUCGUGAAGUCAUCUAUGAGAUUCUUGCCCGCCAUGCCAAGGGUAUCAAAUACCGUGAAGCCAACGCUGGUCCUAAUCUUGAUUCACAGAUGAAGGACGAAGGUUUCAACGUGGAAGUUUAUAUUGACUGGAAAACCGGUCUAGUACAUGGCGGUUCUCAGCUGAACUGUGGAACAUGGAUGGACAAGAUGGGAGAAAGUGAAAAAGCUGGCUCCAAGGGAGUUCCAGGCACACCUAGAGACGGAGCUGCUAUCGAGUUGCAAGGUUUAAUGAAGAGUGCUUUGAGAUUCGUCAACGAGUUGAACACAAAGGGCUCAUUUGAGUAUACGGAAGUAGAAAAGAACGAUGGUUCCAAGAUCUCGCUUGUUGACUGGGAAAAAUUGGUACAAGAUAACUUCGAAAAGCACUUCUUCAUUCCUGUAGAUGCCUCUGACGACGACAAAUUUGUAGUAGACGCUUCAUUGGUCAACAGAAGAGGUAUUUACAAGGACUUAUACAGAUCUGGAAAACCAUAUGAAGACUAUCAGUUGAGAGCAAACUUCCCUAUUGCAAUGGUAGCUGCUCCUGAGUUGUUCACGCCCAAGAAUGCGCUCGCUGCUCUCAGAACAGCUGACCGUGUCAUCAGAGGCCCUGUUGGGUUGAGGACUUUGGAUCCUUCGGACUGGAACUACAGACCUUACUACAACAACAGUGAGGAUAGCGAGGACUUUGCUACUUCCAAGGGUAGAAACUACCACCAGGGCCCCGAGUGGGUCUGGGUGUUUGGCUACUUCUUGAGAGCCUUUAUGUUGUUCCAUUACAUUGAAGACAAGAGUUGUAAGACCGAACUGGGUGAGCUCACAGACUUCAUGUUAACGGGAUUGAAUGCCAGAAUCCAGGGCCACCAGAAGUGGAUCAAAGAAAGUCCUUGGGCCGGUUUGACUGAGUUAACCAAUAAGGAUGGUGCGUUCUGUUAUGACUCUUCGCCUACACAGGCAUGGAGUACUUCUUGUUUGCUUGACUUGUACUACGAUUUGUGGAGCGACGAACACUACAAGAACAGUAAUGGCAGGAAAUAAACUGAAAUAAACUGGAAAUAAGCUUCAGUACGACUUUAUUUCAUUUUUAGAUCUAUUUAGUUUGCUUUAUUCCGAAUAGUGAAAUUUGC